UUCAUUACACAGGGGGUGAUUUGCCUGUCACAUAAACAGAGUAAAUCCACACCCAGUAGCUCCAUCCUGCAGCUGCACUGGCAGACAGGUGAGCCAGACAACCAAAGGCACCAUGCUCCCCGUAUUUUCAGGAAAGUUAUGUCAGUUUCUUAGCUUAACUCGGUUACCUUCUAUCCUGUUCCUUGGAAUUAUUUAUGUAGCCUAUGUCCUUGUUGGAGGGCUGGUCUUCUGGAAGCUAGAAGGAUGGUAUGUGUUGCAACAGAUUGAUAUUCUGAAGGAGAAAAGAAUGAAACUACUCGAGAAGUACCCUUGUGUGGGUCAGAAUGGCCUCCGAGAACUAGCAGAGAUGAUAAAAGCUGCUUCCCUGAGUGGCUUGAGUCCAGACAGCAAUGACACUGCAGAUGGCUUCUGGAAAUAUACCAGCUCAUCUGUGUUUGCGGCAACAGUGGUCACAACUAUUGGCUAUGGGAAUAUAAUCCCACUGACAACAGCUGGUCAGAUCUUCUGUGUGAUGUUUGCUCUUUUUGGCAUUCCCCUGAACGUAGUGAUCUUAAAUAGAGUUGGAAAAUACAUGUUGGCCAUUGAGAGGAAUUUUUGCAAUUUUCUGGAGAAAAAGAUUGAUAGAGGGAAAUGUGUACGAAUAUCCAUUCACAGUAUAUCCUUCAUAAGUUCAGCAUUCCUGUACUUUGUGGUUCCUAUGUUGCUCUUUAAAGAGUAUGAGGGAUGGAGUUAUGCUGAAGCCAUUUACUACUGCUUUAUAACGCUUAGCACUAUUGGAUUUGGAGAUUAUGUUGCAGAUCACAACCCAGCAAAAAACUACCCAGAGUGGUACAGCUGUCUGAUGGCAGCCUGGAUAUUCUUUGGCCUGGCUUGGCUUGCUCUUCUGAUCAAUCAUACCAUUGAUUUACUGGAGAGUUUCAAUGCUUACUUGAGAGGAAGGCGGAAUGCACAAACACAAGUGGAGGAGUCCAAAGAACAGCCGGAAAAAGGACUGAAAGUAGAAGAAACAUGAGAAUUGAGUUUAAAAGGAAAUAGGGUAGCUACUAAUAAAAUAUUGUAUGGUUAAUUAAUAAAUCAGUUACUCAGUAUAUUUAAAGUAUCCUUCAAAGUUAUAGUAAAAAUCAAUAAAAUUCAUAGUUUCUUCUAAACUAAAGAUUUUGAUCAGUGAACAAAAUUUAUGGUUAAAACAAUCAAGAAUUUUGAGCAUCACUUGUCUGACUGACAAUGUUUGGCUUUAAAAUCUCACUGUUGCACUGAGGAUUAAUCGUUGGCACACCACAAACCAACAGGUCCUUAAAAUUCACAACUGAAAAAGAACAGGUUUAUGUCAUAUAGCAAUUUUAUUACACACAUUAGUAAUAUUAUAUAUUUUCAGACAUCUCUGAAUCAAUUUAUUUCAGUGAUAUCAAACUGGCACACCAGUCAAUAAUCAUUUCGAUGAUAUCUUUUGUGAAUUAUUCAAUGACUUUGAGGGCAGGUCUAGCUUUUUUGACAGGAAUCUCUAUAGCAAAUUUUUGUUGUGUGGUAUUUUAAGGUUUGUACAAACCCCAAAAUAGUCCUUUGCUGCCCCAGCAUAGUCAUAUAUCAACUCUCAAAUACUUUUCAAACAAAACACUCAAGUUUUGAGACUUAAUAUACUUGUGAUAUGUAAAUCUAAAAUAAACUGAUAAAUAUUGUCACUAUGUUUCGUCAUUGUACCACAUGAUAUAAAUCGUAAUUCCUGACAAUAAAAAAAGGAUUGUUUUUGUUGCUAUGGUUGAGAAGCAGCCUGUUGCUAUAGUUACCUUCUAAAUGCAAACAGGACUUCUGCCUGCAAGACCCUUGCUGCAUCCCAGUUCGCCUACUUAUACUACGACCUAAAAGUAUGUACUCUUUUUAUGAAGAAAAAGUACAUACUUUGGAGUGUGUAGCAGAAGAGUUGGCAAGCUUUGGGAUAGCUUGCCUACAUUAUCAUAAUUGCAUAUUUAACAAACAGCUCUGUCACUUAGUUAGGAGGCUACAUGCAUCCUGUCACAUUUUAAACUUCCCUGUCAAUCAUCUUGUCACAGUUAAAA